ACAAUUGAACCUUGAAUUUCAUUCUAUCAUGCCGAUCUCAUCAGGAGCUAACGGCUGGCCAAAUCAAUACAGAAGAUGGCCGGUUGUUCAACCAGAGCAAAAACCUAAAGUUGUUGUUCUUGAGUCGCGACCACCUACAAAGACUAUUGUUCAUAGGGAUGAAUCUCCUCAGAGACCACAGGUUAUUGAAGAGCACAUCUACAAAGAUGGCCGACCAAGGUCUAGAAGUUAUAGUCCACAGAGAAGAAGCAGGCCAUCUACACCAGAAAAGCGCUACGUAGUAGAUGAUCCACCGAACAGACCUGUAGAGAGACAUAUUUAUGAAAAUGGAAGUCCUAAUGGCAGGAAUCCAAGACCAGUUGAAAAACACAUUUACGAAAAUGGAAGUCCUAACGGGAGAAGUUCUAGACCUGUAGAGAGACAUGUCUACGAUAAUGGAAAUCCUAAUGGAAGAAGUCCUAGACCAAUUGAAAAGCAUGUCUACGAACAUGGCGGAAAUAGACCCCCACACGAUAACUACACUCCUCGUCACUACAGUAAUGGUCCAAAUGAUAAGUAUACUUAUGCUAGAGAGGCUCCUCAGAAUAGAGGAUCGGGUUGCUUCGGAGGAAACGCACCUAAAGAUGGAAAUUACUACAGAAAUGGAACUAAUUACGAUUCUGGACCAACCUGUUGCAAUGCAGGUUCAAGAUAUGCUGGAAAGAAUGCAGCAAGCCAUGGAAAAUACGGUGUUGCUGGAAGUGGAUGCAAAAGAAUGUGUGCUGCUAUUACAGGAAUUUUGUUAGGUUUGGCUUUACUUGGACUCCUUUUGGGAUUACUUUUAGGAUUAUUGCCCGCUCUAAAUAAAAAGAAAACUGAAGAGAGAAUUGGCAAUUCCUAUUCAGGUGGAACUUAUUACAAUGGAAUGUACUUGUGGCCUGUUACUGAUCCCCCAAAUUAUUUUUAUUAUUGGAUGGGUCCUGGUAUUCCUUGCGUUCCAAGAGCGAACAAUACUGCUAUUAUCAAACAGUUCGAGGAUAGCUAUACGACUUCUAAAAUUCUUGUGUCGAGGGCUGCAGCACAAUUUACGGAAGUUGUUACUCCUCCAGCUCUAACAACUUUACGUAAUUGCGAAGAUGUUACAUCAGCCUACUUAAGAGUUAGAAAUAUGUCUAAUGGACCAGUUCAAUUAGAUUAUUGUGCUAGUCUAAAGAAUCUUAAAGAUAUAGAAGAUGAAGAAAAUUAUAAAUUCAUUCACGGGGACAUUUGUGAAGAAAGCUUCACUAGAUAUAUUCUUAAAGAAGAAAAGAUUGAUACCAUAAUACAUUUUGCAGCACAAUCUCAUGUUGAUUAUUCUUUUUGGUCUUCUAUUGAUUUUACAAUGACAAAUGUGUACGGCAGUCACGUGCUUGUCAAUGCUGCAUUUGAGGCUAAUGUGAAACUUUUCAUCCACGUGAGUACCGAUGAAGUUUACGGUGGAUCUUCUAAAACUGCUUUGCACGAGAAAUCAAGAUUGCAGCCAACAAAUCCAUACGCUGCUAGUAAAGCUGCUGCUGAAUUUAUGGUCUACUCAUACUGGGAAUCAUUUAGAUUUCCUGUAAUAAUAACUAGAUCCCACAACGUCUACGGUCCAAGACAAUAUCCAGAAAAAGUCAUCCCUAAGUUUAUAUCCCUCUUAGAAAGAGAUAGACAGUGUUGUAUAUAUGGUAAGGGAGAAGCAAUUAGGAACUUUAUUCAUGCUCAAGAUCUAUGCAAUGCUUUUGAUCUUAUACUUCAUUCUGGCGAACCUGGAGAAGUGUAUAACAUUGGCAGCGACUUUAGCAUAUCUAUAAUCGAAUUAGCAAGAUUACUCAUCAAAAAACUUAAAGGACUUGAGGGAGAGGAAGCGAAUAAGUUUAUUAACUAUACAGAAGACAGGCCUUACGACGAUCCAAGAUAUCCAAUGGAUUCGAGUAAACUUAAAGAAUUAGGAUGGAAGGAAGAAGUUCAAUGGGAAGAUGGUAUAGAAGAAACAAUUAACUGGUAUAAAGAUGGGAAAAAUUUUGAAAAUUGGAUAGACGCCGUAUCUUCCUUAGAGCCUUUUCCAAGGGGAUCGAAUACCAGAAGAUUUACAGAAGCUUUUAGAAAAUAG